AUGUCAAUACGUGGGUCAAUCACCGAAGUGAGCGUCCAAGUCACUCGCCGGUCCACAGAGCCCAGAAUCGAGUUCGUUGAGGGAAGCAGGCCACCCAGGGUGCGCAAAAUGAGCUUCGACUCCUAUUUGUAUGGGCGUGUCUACGUUGGCGAUGAGAUCAUCCGACUGAAUGAUGAGGAAAUAACAACAGCUGAGGACUUCUACCGGAUCGUGGGAGUAAGCAUCAGAGAACCUGAGAAACUAAGAAUCCAGGUUCGUCGCGACACUUUCUACAGGAUCACAAUCAGGAAGUUAGAGGGAGAAUAUCAAGGCAAAGAUGAAUGGGAGCUGUUCGACUUCGAGAUUAAAUGGCGGCGAGGCGGUAUGCCUCUUGGGGUGAACAUGAUAGAAGUUCAGGUGAGCGCUUUAGCGCUAAAAGCGAAAUGUAUCUGUUAA